GCCCAGAAGGAAUUGGCUGGAUCGAUAACCGAAUAGUACAGUAGUUGCUAGCUGCUUUCAGAGCGUUUCAGGCGCAGUUUUAGUUUUUUUUAUUAAUGUUAGAAUUGAUGUGGAAAGUGUGUGUUGGACUCUAAUGGAAACGGAGCAGUGCGAGAAUCGCUCAACAAGAUAAGCACCGUUUUUGGUCCCGAUCUUGGUAUCGGAAAAUUUGCAACGCCUUUGCCUUUUCGGCACGUUGCAGGGCUUUAUUUCCUUUUUUAUUUUGCCCACUUUGCGUUGCACUUUCUGAUCUCCUCGCAUCUAAUCUAACGGUGCUUUUUUAUCGCCUCCUUUACACACAACGAAUCGAGAGAAAAGAGAGGAGUGGAGAUCGCAAUAGAUCGAAUACACGAAAAAAGAAGUGUGUGUGUCUGCUUUGGAAGUGCAACAAAUCGAAAAAGGAAAAACGGUACUUUUACACUGGUGGGCGUAAAAAGUGAAAGUGCUGAAAAGGCAACUAAUGACUUAAUAUUUAAAUCCUGAAAUUAAAUACGUGUCAAUAGCUAGCCAAUUAUAAAAUAAGGAAAAAAAAUUAAAAGAAAACAUAAAAAUACACAAACAUAAAUAACAAACUAAAAAAAAAAAUAAAAAAGUUUACGAACUCGAAAAUAUAAACUAAAAAAAUUAACCAUAAUUUUACCAUAAAUUAAACCUAGUCCUAAGCAACUGAGUUAUACGUGCGGAGCAAUUUUUUAUACCCAAAACUCUAGCCACACUCUAAUUCCCCCAAAUUUUGGGCUAUGUACGCCACUCGAGUAUCUGGCGACAUGAAGAUCUUUACCGCAGAUGUUGUUGAGAGCAGCGCGACAGCAACAUGCAGUUCGCCAGUGCAGCAACAACAGCAGUUGCAGCAAAUCGAGUUCCGGUCGCGAAUAUCCGCCGGAUCGCCGGGUUGCAAGGCGGGACAGUGCCAUCUGAAGUUCGGGAAGUACAACAAUAAGACGGCCAAUCUUCUGCGCCAAGUGAACAGCUGUCACAGCAGCAACACCAGCAAUGGUAGCAGUACUGAGACCAACAAGGGACAACAGCAGCAACAGAUGCAGUACUGCAGCAACAGUAACUCGUGGGCCCGUAAAAAAUACUUUGGCAACAGCAACGGCAGCAGUCUUCAGCAACAGCAGCAGCAACAGUCUUAUUAUCAGCGGCAGCACCACCAGCAACAGCAACAGCAGCAGCAACAACAAGAACAGCAACCGCUGAACAACAACAAUGUGCUUAUGAAGAAUCAAAACAUCAUUCAGCCACAAAUGACCGAUUGCAAGCCCAGCGACAGCAAUAACAACAGCAGCAGCAACGGCAGCAUCAGCAACAUCAGCAACAUCAACGGCAACAGCAGCAACAGGUUGGCGGCAAAGCCAGCCAAAUGGCUCAAUGACAACAGUAGCAGAAACAUAAAUAACAAUAGCAUCGGCUGCAGAAAUAACAACACCAAUAACAUUAGUACUAAGAAGCGCAACUCAUCGGCAGAUGCAACUGCUGCCUACUAUCGCAAGUGCUCAGAGUCCUUGGGCACAGAUGCUGCAGCAGAAUCGACGCAAACGGAUGUAGUGUCUUGCAAACUCAGCCCCCCAACAACAGGGUCAAGCUCAGAAAGUGGAACGGAAACCUCCAUGGCUAAGACUCAGGAUCAGGGACACGACCCUGAGCCGGAGAAGCAGCGAACCCGACAGCAACCCCUUAGUUUCUGGAAAACUAAUUACCCGCAGCCAGCCGCCUGCCAACAAAAGGAUAAGGAGACGGUCGCGGCAGUGGUAUCAGCGGCCGCAGUGGCGGCAGCUGCAUCGGAGCAACAACAGCAACAGCAGACAUUGUCCUUCGAGCACAAGCGAAACUCGGGCUACCAGCAGCAUCAGCAGUACAAUUACUAUCAAUAUUACUAUCCACAGCCCAAGCAGUUGACCAUCGCCUCGUUCCUGCAGAAGGAACUACUGCCCGACAGCAACGAGAAGACCAGCCAGCACAGCAGCAACAAUGGCACCAGCAACAAUGGCACCAGCAACAACGGCACCAGCAACAACGGCAACAGCAACAACGGCAACAGCAACGGCAGCUUCUCACGGCAGCAAUAUGGGCAUCAGUCUGUUGGGACUGGCUACCAGCAGCAGCAGCAGCGCUACCGCAAUGCUCAGAGUGUCUAUCAGCACUACCAGCACCAGCAGCAACAUCAGGCCCAGCAGCAACAUCCUCAUCAGCAAGGGAUCGGCUCGCAUUUCCGUCGGAAGCAUAGCGACAACAACAACAAUAAUAAUAAUAAUAAUAAUAACAACAACAGCGGCAUUAACAAGAAGAUGCACUACAGUCCAUGGGGAAAAAAUGGGGAUCCGACUUCCUCCUCUGGUCAUCAACAACAGAAGCAUCACCCACAUCAGCAGCCAAUCGAGAUCCUGUCUAGCAGCAACUUUGACGCCGUACAUCGCCGCAUGCAAGGAGGAGGUGGUAAGAACGGAUACUACCACCACAACUAUCAUCAGCUUGGGGGCGAUGGUGGCACCACGCCCACGCGCUCCGAGCACCAGAACAUCUACAACCUCACCUACAUCAAUGUUGACAUGGAGGCAUCCAGUGACGCCGUUGGAGGAGCAUCGGGAUCGACACCGGCGAUCAAACCCUCGUUGCAGAGCAAACCGAGCAUUUCGAUAACACCGGCCCCGGCCUCAACGUCAACCAUUGUCGACAGAGGAAUGCCUCAGGCGGUUCGCCCCGUAGCCGCUCCGGUAUCCGGUUCCAUUCUGCCGGCACCGGCGAGCCACGUCCGGAACAUGUUCGCACCGCCUACGCUGGCCAUGAUUGGGGGCCACGCCCUGCUCUCCCCGGUGACCACCAACACGCCCACCAAAAUGAUCAGCUGCGCCCAGCUGGACGAGGCCAUAACGACUGCUGCUGCCAGCGGCGACCAGUCAGCGAUCAGUCCCAGCUACAACCAAACAGUGCCUUUUAUUAUUCCACCCCAGCAGCAGCAGCAGCCGCCGCAUCUGAUCCCGGCCUGCAGCACGUCGCAGCCUCCUCCGCCGCCGCCACAGGUGUUCUUUCACUUCGCCGAAGGGUUUUGCAACCCGGGGCAGGGUCACCAGGCGCCACCCGCUCCCGUGUGGACACAUUCCAGGUCGCCUUGCUACCAGUCCUCCUACGGAUCCAGCUGCAGCCUCAACGGAAACGGAAAUUCGCCCCACAACAAGGAUGUGAAUGCGGUUGGACUGCGGUCCGUCUCGCCCGCGCUUUCCACUUCCUCGCUGGGUAGCGAAUCCCAUUGGAGUGGGACAAGCAGUCGGAGUCGCUUGGGCCAUGGAGGCCAACUUUCCAUUUCACCCACUCCUAGCGCUCUAGGAUCUGCCCAGUUGUCGCCGCAUCUGGCCGAGAUGGGUGUUCAACAUCCGCUGCACCAGCAACACCCUCCCCCGCUGAUCAACCACCACCCACAUGGGCAGCUAAACGGACAUGCAAUGGCCCCCUAUGUCCCGCACCGCCCACAUCCACCUCCACCAGUCUCAUCGCCGAAUCCGGCGCCAGGUGCUACGGCAGGAGGACCCUGGUACGAGCUGGUCCUGCCCCCCGAUCGCUACAUGGCCCAAGCUCGGAACGUGGAGGUCGCUGUCCAGCCGGAGAAGCUGAUCUGCAUGUGCAAGUACGACAAUCUGUCUGCUGAAAUCUGGAAGAGAUUCCGGGGAGCCCAGCAGACGCACAAGAAGUUCAAGCUGAAGAUGCGUCUCUGGCGGUACCUGUUCCUUUGGAUGAACCAACCAAUGUUCGAGCGGUAUCGCAUCUGUUUAGUUGGGUCGACCAUUACGGGCUUCGGAACGGACUCCUCUGACAUCGACAUGUGCCUGUUGCCCGAACAGGGAUUGCACCCCAACCAGCAUCAGCACCACCACCACCAGCACCACUAUCACAAUGAGAAGCGCACCGAGGCUCUGAUUAUCCUCACCAUGUUCAACGCGGUGUUGAAGGACACAGAGGUUUUCCAGGACUUCAAUUUGAUUGAGGCGCGGGUGCCGAUACUGCGCUUCAAGGACAUUAUCAAUGGGAUUGAAGUCGAUCUGAACUUUAACAACUGCGUGGGUAUUAAAAACACCUAUCUGCUGCAGCUUUACGCCCAACUGGAUUGGAGGACACGACCGUUGGUGGUGGUUGUGAAGCUCUGGGCGCAGUACCACGACAUCAACGACGCCAAGCGCAUGACCAUUUCCAGCUACUCGCUGGUGCUCAUGGUGUUGCACUACCUGCAACACGCCUGCGUGCCGCACGUCCUGCCCUGCCUGCACACUCUGUAUCCCGAGAAGUUCCAGCUGGGGCAACAGGACUGCCUGGACCUGGACCUCAUCGAACCGAUCGAGCCCUACCAGGCGAUGAACACCCAGACGCUCGGCGAGCACCUGCUCGGCUUCUUCAAGUACUACAGCAGCUUUGACUUUCGGAACUUUGCCAUUUCCAUACGCACCGGCGGCGUCCUGCCGGUGGCCACAUGUCGCAUGGCCAAGAGCCCCAAGAACGAUGUCUACCAGUGGAAGGAGCUCAACAUCGAGGAGCCCUUCGAUCUGUCCAACACGGCGCGCUCCGUCUACGAUUAUGCCACCUUCGAGCGGGUUAAGGCCGUUUUUUUGGCCUCGGCGCGACGGCUUGACCAUACUCUCGACCUGGCCACCAUCUUCCGGCCAAUCCAUCAUGCACCAGAGAGCUUCCCCCAACAGCAGUUCGACCAGCAGCUGCACUACCCGAUUCCCAGUCAGACGCGUAGUUCAGGUGGUGCCGCUCCAGUGUCCAGCAAAUUGACCCCGGAUGUAGCCACCACCUUUGCCGAACCCACUGCGGCGCACGUCGCCUGAUUGGAACAGAUUAAAUGCUUGAGUUUUCAGGUAGUUUCCAAAACAUGAAGAUAAUAAAAUAAUAUGUCCCACAAUGUUAAAUCAGAACAAGAAAUUUUGUAAAAUGAAAUUCGAAAAAUCCGAAAUUACGAAAGAUUAGUGUGAAAACCCGGCUGAAAUAGAAUUUCAAACAAACUUUAAUGCAUCCUUAUCUUGUUAAAUGUUACUAUAUUCAUUUAUUUAUACUUUUAUAAACUCAAAAUGUUUUAUCGGAUUUCAUUACUUAUUGUAAACAUUCACGGAGGUGUGCGAUGUUCGUCCCUCCUGUGGCGUGUAUGUAUCUCUUUGAAAAACAAAAUGUCACCCGAAAAUGUAAACCCAAGUUCUGUAAAAUAAAACAAAAAAUGCAAACCCCA